AUAUUUAAAGAAUAUUAUUUUAAAUAUGGGAACCAAGUUUGCUUCUUAUACACUAAAAUUGACUCUGCUCCAUGAAUAUUAUCAACGUCUUUUACAUGGAAAUCAACCUAUUCCAUCGGGUUUGGAAAUCGCAAAUACAUUUAAAUAUUUUUUCCAGACACUACUAUCAGUUUUAAAAGACGUUGAGAAAUCUCCUUAUGAAAUGUUGAAGUUCCAAAAAUUGGAUUCAGAGAGAAUGUCUUUACAUCCAAAUUUAGAUUACAAACAACUUUACAACGCUCUUUCGCAAUUAACAGAUGUUAUUCCAUCUAUUCAUUUGCAUGGUUUAAAAGUAUUUGGACAGGCACUAUUGCAAUGUUUAUCAUGUUUAUUACCAUUUUUAGAGCAUGAUUUAAUUGAAAAUCUACCAUAUUUAACAGCUAAUUUAAUUGCAGUUUUACCAGAAGAAUUGCAUCAAGAAAUUAUUAAUUAUUUGUGCUUUUAUAUUUUACCAUUUACUAUUAAUCGCAAAGCAGAAAAAGAAGCAGAAAAUUAUGCAAGUCAGUCAAUUUCUGCAAUCAUCAUGCUAGUAUUUGAAUAUUCUAAUAAUCGCGCGCAUCAUUGUCAAUUACUAGAGUGUUUAAUGGCUCUUAAAUCCGAAGUUGCAAACGAUAUUGUAUGUGUAAUAGCUUAUGGUUCAAGAUCUGCUAGAACGUCUGCUACAAAAUUAUUAUUUUAUUACUGGCCAACAUUUAAUUGUAAUCUGUUUGAUAGAAAAUCAGUUAUAAUGAAAUUUACAAAUGAUUUUUCAACAUUUACUUGCAAGCGAGAUGAUUGCCCUAAUUCUGGUAGUGCUGAAGCUGGAAAAGUUUGCUAUAAUCAUUCAAUAUCAAUUACUUUUUCAUCUGAUUCGCCACCUCCAUUAUAUUUAUGCAUAGAGUGCGCUAAUGAAAUUCAUCGAGAAUAUCCAAAUCAAAUGUUCUAUGAUAUAUUACAUCCUAUGCAGCAAGUAUCAUUAGUUUGUGAAAAUAAGAACUGUCGAGCUAGUGAUAAAGCUGCAAUAAGUGUUUGUUUUUCAAUAGAAUGUACGAGCUAUAAUGGUAAUCAUCCAAUACGAUAUUGUCAACAAUGUCAUAAUAUACGUCAUAAUAAUCGUCGAGGAGGUGAUCACAUAUUCCAUACAUCAUUAGAUCAUAUUUCUAAAAUGGAUUCUCAAUUACAAACAUAUAUGGUACAAGCAAUUAUUAGUUUACUAAAAGAAGCAGAACCGGUCAUAUCAAAUAGUAAUGAUGAAAUCUUUGAAAAUUAUUCAAUAAAAGCCAGUAGUCUUAAUACAACAGGAAGCAGUGUUGGAAGUCGUACCGAAAAUUUCGAUGUUACAACAAUAGAUGAACGACAAUUACUAGGUCGUUAUGGUGUUUGGUUACUUGUGGGGUUAUGUACACCAGAUAAAGAAUUACAAAUAGAAAUACUUGGACGAUUAUUAUCAAUGUUAUUUCAUUGGUUUCAUAUAACAACAUACACAUUUGAUGGUCAAAUAGAGAGUAUGCUAGAGAAACUCAAGAUAGAAUAUGUCCGUACUUGGCUUUUUGAAAUAAAGCAAAAAUAUUAUAAUAUUUUUGUUUCUUGUCUUCUACCGCAUCCAUUAGAUUAUGUUAGAGUAGGCGGUCACUGGGAAAAAUUGGCGUCUCGAAUUUCACAUCUUAAAGAUGGGUUAAGCAGAUUAUUUUGUUUAGUACCUUAUGAAAUAAUUACGCCUGAUAUUUGGGACUAUGUUAUGCCACAUUGGAUGGAAGCUAUUGUAAAUGACACUCCUGUUCACGAAUUACAACAAUUGAAAAUAAUACUUUGUAAAAUAUUCGAUCCUGAUAUGAGUCCUUUAGGAUUUGAUACGAAAAAAAUAUACAAUUUUAUUGUCAAAAGAUUUAAGAGCACCAAUGCCAAAAUAGAACAACAAGCUUUGAAUUGGUUACAAACGUUGACAAUAUUGGAAAUAACAAUCCCACUACCACAUCUUUUUUCUAUGUUUAAUGAUGGUACUUCAAUCAAUGAAAAUCUUAUUUUAUAUCAUUCUAAAGAUUUUGAUAUAGAAACAAUGGCAGGUGAAAUAAAAAGUUUCAAAGAUCCACCCAUAUAUCGAAUAAAUGAAUGUGUUUCUGGAAGAUGUACACCUCUUUCUGAUGAUGAUAUUCCAAUGCGUAGAUAUGAAACUAAUCCAACGCCUGUAGAAUUGAAUCUUUCAUGUUAUAUUCUAAUGGUCGAUAUUUUAUUAAAACAAAUGGAUUUACAAAAUAUUGAUAAGCAUACUGGAGUAAAUAGUUGGAUAUGUAGAGAUGCAUGUCAUCUUCUGAAAUCUGCUAACAUAGUUUAUUGGAACACACAACAUAUAUGUAAUAAUGUAACUGAAUGUUCAUUUUGUGAAUCGGCGGUAGUUUGGCAACAACUUUCUUUACAAUUGCUUACAUUUAUUGCCCCGAAAAGACUUACUUCUCUUCCAAAAUCUACUGGUAUGGAUUCAACCAACGUUUCUGAGAAGAAAACUCUAGUAGAUGGAAUGAAAAAGCACGAUAGUAAACCAGAUGUUGUUUUAAAUAUGCCAAUUCCAGAAUUACAUUCAGUAGGAGGAGUACUUGUUCAUAUGCCACAUUUUUUCGAACAAAUUAUGACAGCAACAGUAGAAACAGUAUCAGAACAAUUAGAAUUAUCAAAUAUCAUGCCAGCAGAAAAAAUUAUGUCUACUAUUGCACAUACAAUUUCUGGAACUGAUGUUGUUCUUGAAGCAAUUACUGCUACAGUUAAUAUAAACAAAUCCAAUUUAGUUGAAGUGAAUGAUGUUAUUUUGAUGCAACCAAAUCAUAAUUUUGAAAAUUCUCAACAAAUAUCAGUAGAAAAACAAAGAUUCUGUAUUAAAGAUCUACCAGAUCAGCUACAGUAUAUUCAUAAAUUAUUUAAAGAGCUGAAUAUAAUAAAGAGUCCAAACAUUCUUUGUUAUAUGUUAGAAUGCCUUAAUAUGAUGUGUUUAUAUGGUGACUUAUUAAGUGUAGCCAGUAAAGACCAUCAUGGAUUUUUUAUUUGGAGUCAAGAAAAUUUAGUGAUCAAAAACUUGUGGGAGAUACUGCACGGAGAAUAUUCUCAUCUUGCACAAAGAGCUGUACCUUUGUUAUUACAUUGCAUUACGUUACCCCAUGGAAUCGAUACAUUUUGGCAUAUCGUACAAAACGAUUUUCAUAGUGACGAUUGGCGAAUAAGAUUUACAGCAG